AGCUCUUGAAAGCAGCAUGACACAACAGCAAAGAUGGCGUGCUGCAGAAGCUGUUUUUGUUGCCAGUGUUGCUGCAGGGAGGGAGAGACGCGGACGCCGGAGGAGCUGACAAUUCUUGGGGAAAUCCGAGAUGAUGAAGAUGAGAUUCUGCCGAGGAAAGACUACGAGAGUCUGGAUUAUGAUCGCUGCAUCAACGAGCCGUAUGUGGAGGUUCUGGAGGGUCUGGACAACAAGAAAGCCAGAAAGUACGAGGCGUUGCGGUGGGUGAUGGUGUUCGUGAUCGGGGUCGCGGUCGGACUGGUUGGACUGUUUGUGGACUUCUUUGUUCAUCUCUUCACUAAAAUCAAAUUCUCCGUGGUUGCUGAUUCUAUAGAGAAAUGCACAGACAGAGGCUGCCUGUCUUUGUCUCUGCUGGAGCUGCUCACCUUCAACAUGGUGUUCAUCUUCAUCGCCAGCGUGCUCGUCCUCAUCGAGCCGGUGGCUGCAGGCUCCGGUAUCCCAGAGAUCAAAAGUUACCUGAAUGGAGUGAAGAUCCCAGGAAUCGUGCGACUUCGAACGUUUCUCUGCAAAGCUGCUGGAGUCCUGUUCAGCGUGGCUGGAGGUCUGUUUGUGGGAAAGGAAGGUCCGAUGAUCCACAGUGGAGCCAUAGUGGGAGCUGGCCUUCCUCAGUUUCAGAGCAUCACCUUCAAGAGGAUCAAGUUUGACUUUCCUUAUUUCCGCAGUGACAGAGACAAGCGGGACUUUGUGUCAGCCGGUGCCGCCGCUGGAGUUGCUGCUGCCUUCGGUGCGCCAAUAGGGGGCACUCUCUUCAGCCUGGAGGAAGGCUCCUCCUUCUGGAACCAGGCGCUCACCUGGAAAGUGCUCUUCUGUUCGAUGUCGGCCACUUUCACGCUGAACUUCUUCCGCUCUGGGAUCAACUUUAAUAAAUGGGGCUCUUUCCAGCUGCCUGGGCUCCUCAACUUUGGAGAAUUCAAGUGUUCAGACGGGGAAAAGAAAUGCCACCUGUGGACAGCAGUGGACCUUGGCUUCUUCGUCCUGAUGGGCGUGGUGGGCGGCCUGCUGGGGGCGCUCUUCAACUGCAUGAACAAGUGCCUGGCCAAGUAUCGAAUGAGGCACAUCCACCCCAAAGCCAGGUUCAUCAGGGUCCUGGAGAGUCUGCUGGUUGCCAUGGUGACCACGCUGGUGAUAUUUUUGGCCUCGGUUCUGUUGGGUGAAUGUCGGGACCUGUCCUCCCCGACGACCCAUAACCCCACAGUUUCUGACAGUGAAGACAUCAACUCAACCAUCAGGCAGUUUUUCUGCUCCAAUAAAACCUACAACGACAUGGCGACGUUGUUCUUCAACCCGCAGGAGGCGGCCAUCCACCAGCUCUUCCACCAGGAUGGAACCUUCAGCCCGGUGACUCUGUCCAUCUUCUUCCUGUUGUACUUCCUGUUGGCGUGCUGGACGUACGGCGUCUCUGUCCCCAGCGGUCUCUUCGUCCCGUCUCUCCUGUGUGGCGCUGCGUUCGGUCGUCUGGUCGCAAACAUCCUCAAAGUGAAACUGGGACUCCACAUCUACUCGGGGACCUUUGCCCUCAUCGGAGCCGCUGCCUUCCUCGGGGGCGUGGUCAGGAUGACCAUCAGUCUCACCGUCAUCCUCAUCGAGUCCACCAAUGAGAUCACAUACGGGCUGCCCAUCAUGAUCACUCUAAUGGUUGCUAAAUGGACUGGAGAUUUCUUCAACAAGGGCAUCUAUGACGUCCACAUCCAGCUGAAAGGCGUCCCUCUGCUGGAGUGGGAGACGGAGGUGGAGAUGGAUAAGCUGACAGCCAGCGACAUCAUGGAGCCCAACCUGACCUACGUUUACCCCCACACUCGAGUCCAGUCCCUGGUCAGCAUCCUCCGGACCACCGUCUACCACGCCUUUCCCGUGGUCACGGAAAACCGACAGAACGAGCGGGAUUUCAUGAAGGGCAACAUCCUGAUCAGCAACAACAUUCGAUUCAAGAAAUCCAACAUUGUCUCUCGUGCGGCGGAGCAGCGGCGGCGCUGCCAGUCCAUGAAGUCGUACCCGUCCAGCGAGCUGAAGAACGUUUGUGACGAUCAGAACGCGGCGGCGGCGGCGGCGCCGGCGGAGGAGGGAGAGGACCUGCUGCAGCAGAUGUUAGAGAGAAGGCACGCUCCCUACCCAAACCUGUACCCAGACCAGUCUCCCAGUGAGGAGUGGACCAUGGAGGAGCGAUUCAGACCGCUCACCUUCCACGGCCUCAUCCUGCGCUCCCAGCUCGUCAACCUGCUCAUCCGAGGCGUCUGCUACUCCGAGAACCAGUCGAGCGCCACUCAGCCCAGGCUGUCGUUCACAGAAAUGACCGAAGAUUACCCGCGGUACCCGGACAUCCACGAAGUGGACCUGGCCAUGCUCAAUCCCCGGAUGAUAGUGGAUGUGACGCCCUACAUGAACACAUGCCCCUACACGGUUUCACCAAACACCCGGAUCUCCCAGGUGUUCAACCUGUUCAGAACCAUGGGCCUUCGACACCUUCCAGUGGUCAACGCUGUUGGAGAAAUUGUUGGAAUAAUCACAAGACAUAAUUUAACCCACGAGUUCCUGGUGGCCAAACUGCGACAGCAUUACAUCACCAUCUGACCCGACGCCAUGGCGCCGCCCCGCCCCGCGCUGCCUGGC